AUGGCUAGUACAGUCACUAAGAGGCAGCAGGCUCGCAACGAGCGCAUGCUGCAGGAUCUGUUGAAAGUCUCUGGAAACGACAGAUGCGCCGAUUGCGCUGCCAGGAACCCAGCAUGGUCGAGUUGGAGUCUUGGAAUCUUUCUCUGCAUGAGCUGCGCCGCCAUCCAUCGCAAAAUGGGCACUCACAUCUCAAAGGUCAAGUCGCUGAGCAUGGACAGCUGGUCCCCUGACCAGGUCGACAACAUGAAGCGCGUAGGAAACACGACAUCGAACCGCACCUUCAACCCGCAGAAUGUCAGGCCCGACAUUCCUGCCGAUGCUGACGAGGUCGGCGGUGUCAUGGAACGCUUUAUUCGCCAAAAGUACGAGCACAAGGCCUUGGUUGGCUCAAGGCCUAGAAGUCACACGGUCGGGGGCGCCAGUGUCAGUUCGACCGAAGGAGUCCCACCACCGCUGCCGCCAAAGCCUGGCAAGAAGUUCGGCUUCUCACUCGGAGUCCGCUCAUCUUCGGCCACUCACCAAAAGUUCACACCUCCACUGUCGCCCGCCUUGACUGGUAGUGACAGGAGCUCGACGCCGCCUGCUGGAAGGAUGAACAAGCAAUCGCGUGUGUUUGGUUCGGCUGUUGGCAAUCAAGAGGAGGAGACAUUCGACACGAAACUGGCAUCGCUUAGAGAGAUGGGUUUCCCAGACACACGCCGCAACUCGAUGGUUUUGAAGAAUGUGAACGGGAACUUGGACAAGGCAGUCGAGACGCUUGUGCGCUUGGGCGAUAGCACGUCAGGGGCUCAUGGUACUUUGACACCCAUGUCUGGUAGUACGAGUGGCUCCAACGCAAACGGCCUCUACAUUGAGAAACAGAGAGCACAGCCAGAAAAGGCUGCUGCCUCGACGAACCCCUUUGAUGCACUGGAUCUACAGCCUCCACGUCGUGCCUUCACUCAGCCCGCUCUCUCGACUGCAGCUCCGCAACCUUCAUACAAUCCCUUCCUCCAACCUCAACCUCAA